UCCUCUCCCAACUGCCCACUCUGUCAGAACAAACGCUCUGUAUUUAGUAUUCAGACGUUUUCCACUUAUAAAUUAGUGUUUUCGACGGAUUCACUUGUUGCAGCUUGUUUGACACAGUGAAGCUUUUCACGACUGUAUGAUUGCUAUUUCAUUUGAUUGACGAAUUCGUUUCAUACUCGAACAUUUCUUGAUUUAUUCACCCUUAUUAUUUCUCUAAUUGUCAACACUAAAGUGUUUUUUACGAUCACGUUCUAAAAAUGUCUUCUUCUGAGCCAACCCACAACCCUUUCCAAGCUCCUAACCGAGUUGCCGAGGAGGAGCAAGUACUCGAUAACUUGCACUCUGCCACCGAUGCUGCUUCUGAAAAGUUGAACGACUUGCUCCAUUCGGCUUCCGCCAACGUCGGCAAGACAACCCCUGCCACGUCUGCGCACGUUGAUCCUGAUUUCUUCUCCAACCUGGCUGGCUCCGGUAGCCAUUCGGAGCCUAAGGCUGCCUCUGAGCAGGCUGGCGAAGGUUCUUGCCCCGUUGCUACCUCUUCCCACCAUCCCGAGAAGCCGACGUCUGUGCUCGAUGACAAAUCCUACGUCGCCGUCGACAGCUCCGUCCCCGAGGGCACUACUUGCCCCGUUUCUAAUUCCUCUGUGGAGAACGUAAAGUGUCCUGUUUCCGGCUCUGCUGGUAAGGCCGGUAUCUGCCCCGCUAAGAAUGUUCACGACAACAAGAUGGACAUUCCUGUUUCGGAGGAGGAGGCUAAGGAGAAUGCUGGCAAGGCCUGCCCUUUCUCCAAGGCCACUGUUGAUUCCCAACAAAAGGUUGCCUCAUGCCCUGUUAACGUUUGUCAAUCUGAUGAUAAAACUUGUCCCGUUGUUGACGCUGGUUGUCUCUUCGAGUACAAGCCUCUUACCGCUGAGCAAAAGCAAUUCCAGGGUGCUUUCGUCGAUGUGCUUUUGUGGAAGAACAAGUACUGCUCGAUGUCCGUGCUCGCUGCCAUUUUCACCGCCCUGUACUUGCCCUGCGUUUUGAGCAUUCACCGCAAUCUGUUCAACAUUAGCAGCUGGAUCUUUGGUGUUUCCGCCGUUGUUGAGUAUGUCAGUCGCAUCAUUACUGGUGGUAAGUCUGGUGUCCUUGGCCGCUUCCGUAACAACCAAUUCUUCACAUUAAACAAGGGCUCCAUCCAUGCUUGUCUCGACUCCGUUAUUGAGCCCGUGAACUGCAUGCUGGUUGAGCUCCAACGUCUUUUCCUUGCUGAGAACCCCUGCAAGUCCGUUUCUGCCUUCUUCUUGGCUUGGUUCUACUACAGAAUGUCGUUGUUGUUGUCUCUGAAAACCAUUUUUGCCUUGUCGGUUAUUGCCGCAUUUUCCCUGCCCCCUUUCUACCAAGCUAACAAGCGUGUCAUUGAUGGUACUCUCAGUAACAUCAAGUUCCAAAUUGAGGAGUAUACUUGCCAAUUCCGCAAAACUGCCGAGUCCAAGGGCCGUGCUGCCUCCCAAAAAGUUGCUGAUGCUCUCAACUUGCAAAAGAAGACUGCCUAAGCGCGUGAUUAAACCAUGUUGUGGUGCUCGUGUUUUGGGCGCAUGGUAAUGCUUUGGCGUUGUGCUAAUGUUUGUGUGUACGAAUAUGAAUCGCUUUUAACGAUAUAAAUGGGCAUUGGUGGAGUUUGGUGCAGCAAUAG